AUUUGACAUUAAAAUGACAUUUGACGUUUCUUGAACCGGUGCAGACUUGUUUAUUGUUGUAAAUUGAGCAAAACCCAUGUUUAUUGUUAUUAAAACUAAUAGACAAUGGCGACCCUAACACGACUCCAAAUCUCGGGCAUCCGCAGCUUCGGCCCCUACGAAGAACACUCCCAGCAAAUAAAAUUCGGCACUCCCGUCACCCUCAUCCUAGGUCAGAAUGGCUGCGGCAAAACCACCAUAAUCGAGUCCCUGAAAUACGCCUGCUCCGCCGAGCUCCCCGGCGGAACCAACAGCGGCCAAGGUUUCGUCCACGACCCCAAAAUCUCCAGAACCUCCUCCACAAAAGGCAACAUCAAACUACAGUUCCUAGACCCCCGCAACAACGAAAUCACCAUCGCCAGAGUAGUGGAAGUGAGCCAAACCGAGAAACAGAUGAAAUUCUCCACCAAAGACUCCACACUGAGAAGACUGACCCCCACCGGCAACACUUCGAGCAUCUCCGGCCGCUGCGCUGACAUCACCACCGAGUGCUGCCAACUCAUGAACGUAACCCCCGCCGUUCUCAACAACGUGAUCUUCUGCCACCAGGAGAACUCGCUGUGGCCUUUGGACGAAGGAAAGAAACUCAAGGAGAAGUUCGACGAGAUUUUCGACGCCCAGAAGUACAACAAGUGCACGGAACUGUUCCGCAAACAUUGCAAGACGAAACAUUUAGAAGUCAAGUUUUUGGAAAACGAACUGAAGAACAGGAAGGAGAAGAAAGAUUACGUGAAUGCGAAGACGCAGACGCUGCAAGAUAAGGAAACUAAGUUAGAGGGGUUAGCAAGCGAUAUAGAAACUAAAGAUGAAGAAUUGAGUGGUGUUAGGAACCGAAUGAACGAGAUUCUCGAGCUGGAGGGGACUUUGUCUCAGUUGCAGACGGAGCUUGCGACGAAAGAGACGAUGAAGAACGGGAUAGUGGAAGAGCAGAAGACUAUCAAGAAGGGACUGGCUUUCGAAUUUGAGGGUAGCGAUGAGGAUUUGAGGAACAAAAUCAAUACUUUUGAGAACGAUAGGCAAAAGGAGGAGAGUCUAAUUUCGAAUUUAGAAACAAGGAAGAGCGAGAUCGAAAGUAAGAAUAAAGUUAUUGCGAAUGCCACUCAGGAGGCUCAAACUGAGUUGGGUAUAUUGAAAGAACAGAAGAAUCAAUAUGAGCAGAAAUGUGUUCAAAGAACGAAUUUGAUAAAGGAAGCAAGAAAUGAGAUGAAAGUUAAAGAUCUGAAGGAGUUUCAAGACAACGAUGGAGCAAGAGCUGCGCUGUCUGAGUUGAACGCGGAAUUGGAGAACCAGGAGAUUUGCUUGGCAAGUUUGAUUGACGAGAAAGACGAAGUACAGAAGAACUUACAGAACAAGAUUGAUAAAGUGAGGGAGAAAACGGUAGCCACCAAGCAGAAAAAGUUGUCUAAAGAAGGAGAAGUGCAACAGUGUGAGAAGAAAGUUAUUGACAUAACCGGAGAAUUAAUAGCUUUAACAACCUCAGACUCCUUAAUGGAAGAUAUGAAGAAGCGUAUAGAAAGCAUUGAUAAAACUGUACAUAGCUUGAACUCUACAUUCAAAGAAGCAGAAGAAAGUAAAAAAAUAGACACCUACAAAGCGGACAUACAGGGAAUGGAACGCCAGCUGGAGUCUCUAGACAGUGAACAUAAAACCCUGCAACAAAACGACGUCAUCGAAGGAAAAAUGGAAAGCGAGAAACAUCUAAUAAUCGAAAAACAAAAGGAAAUUAAUAGAAUCAAGUCGAAACAUUCUGAUAAUUUUAGACAGCUGUUUGAAGGAACGGUUCCAGAGAGGAACCUCAAAGACUCCGUCGUAACCAAACAAAAAACCGCUGACACUUUAUUCAAAACCUUAACCAACGACAUCAACAUCAAACAGAAAGAAGUGACCACUUUGGAAGUCCAACGCAACAACCAGUCGGGAAGAAUCGCCGAUUAUGAAAAGGAACUAAAGACCAACCGGGCUAAAAUUUCAGAGGCUUGCAGCGGCCGCGAUUUUGAGGAGACCUUCAACAGUACCUUCCAGAAAAAAGAGCGUCUUCAAAUCGACAAAGGACAGUAUAGAUCAGUUCGAAUCAUCUAUGGUCAGUUUAUUAAAAAAUUCGAAGAACAAGCUCCAUGUUGUCCCGUGUGUGAAACAGAUUUCAGCAAUAAAAGUACCGUGGUACAGAAGAUCAUAUCCACGUUGAAAAGUAAAGUGGAACGAGUUCCUCAACAGCUGACGCGAGUUGAAAGCGAGUUAGAGAAAGAGGAGGCUCUAUACAGCAAGCUCCAACAGUUGAAGUUGGUGAAUGAAGAAACGGAAGUACUCGAGAAGGAAAAGUUGCCUCAGUUGAAGCAAAUUUUGAGCGACAUUGAAGAUAAGUUGAGUGCGACUACAAGCGAGUUGAAUCAGUUGAAGACGAGAUUGACUGAGCCCCAGAAGAUUCUUGAGCUGUGUGGGAGGGUCAUCUCGGAUGUGGGUUCGUUGGAUCAAAGUAUCUCGGAUGUUGAAAAGUCACAGCGGACCGUCGAUAAUUUGAAGCAAAGCUUGGUUGAAGUCGCUUCUAAAAAAUCGAAGGAAGAAGUUGCAGCGGAGAUUGAUCAUAUUAAAUUCGAAGUGAGCGAGUCGAGGGGAAAAGUGGAAACCAUCACCAAAAACAUUAACAAGCAUAAAGAUAGAAUACAGAACUUGAUGCAAGAGAGAAAGGAAGUGGUUGAGAAGCAACUCAAACUGAGGGAUGGCAUUCAAAAUAGGCCACUUUUGGAAACACAGCAGGCCGAACUGACAGAUAAAGUAGGGUCAUUGCAGGAAGAAAUCACCCAGUUGUCGACCCAGUUGAAUGCCGAAGAAAUAGAUCUACAGAACGCGAUAGAAAACAAGAAUACCACCACACAGAGGGAUAAACAAGAAGUCGACGAACAAAGACAAAAAGUAAUAAAUUAUCGCAGACUGCUUACCGGGAUAGAUAAACUUCAAACCGAAAUAGACGACUACUUGAAGAAGGGAAUCACCGAUAAGCUCACCACAAUCGAAGAGAAAUUAAAAGAGUACAAAAACAAAGAAACCGCUCUCGAAGUCACCAAAACCAAAAUUCUUGAAACGAUUUCCGAAAAGAGAGAGAAUCUAGCCAAGGAAGAACUCCGCUUUCGCACUCUACAAAGCAACGUCGUCCUCCGCGAAAAAAAAGCAUCAGAAGAAAAACUAGAGACCGAAGUUAGAGCCCUGAAGAUCCGAAUCGGCGGCUACAACUACCGGACCGUCUACGAAGAAAAAGUCCGCCUAGAAAGAACCCGCGAAAACUUGGACAAACAAAUCAACAACAUGAAAGGCCAAAAGAACGAAUUACAAAACUCAAUCGACGAACUACGCAGAGAGUUGGCUCUCCCCGACAACAAAAACGCCUACGCGAAAUACAGGGAGCAGCUAUACCGACUCGAAAUCAGAAAGAGUGUCAUCAAAGACCUGGAGAAGUACAUCGUAGCGCUAGAAAAAGCAGUCCUGGAGUUCCACAAGUCGAAAAUGGUCCAAAUCAACCGCACGAUCAGACACUUCUGGCGAAACACGUACAGGGGCAACGACAUCGACCACAUAGAAAUCAAAACUGAGUAUGCAGCCGGAACUUCGACGAAACGCACCUAUAACUACAAAGUUGUUCAGAUAAAGAAGGGGAUUGAGCUGGAUAUGAGGGGUCGCUGCAGCGCUGGACAGAAAGUCUUGGCUUGUCUAUUGAUUCGGAUGGCGCUGGCAGAGACGCUCAGUUCGAAUUGUGGCAUUUUGGCUCUAGAUGAGCCCACGACGAAUUUAGAUAGGGCGAAUGUUUUUAGUUUGAGCGACACGCUGGCUAGGAUUAUCAAUAAUAGGCAUCAGGAGAAGACAUUCCAGUUGAUUGUGAUCACGCACGAUGAAGAGUUUUUGAAUGCGUUGACUAGAGCUCAAGGGACGACGCAUUAUUAUAAAGUGGAACGGGAUAGAGAUGGUUAUUCUGUUAUUAAUAGGCAGCAGACUUAACUUAGUGGCUAGAAGUGUAAAGUUGCCUUAUUCGUGUUUAAUUUCCUCUCCGACGUUUCCAAUAUUCCAGUGCUGUUAAAUGAUAAAAAAAGUUGGGUAAUACCUCUUUUGCAUUUUGUAAUAAUAAGUGUAAUUUUUGUAAAUGUUGUUUUAAGUCAACAAUAAAGCUAAUUGAAGUUGAA